CGCCGUCACCACGCGCUGCCUGCCCUCUUCUUCUUCCUGCUCUUCACCUCAGGACGGGCUCCCAGAGCCGAGGGCGCCGCCGCCGCCGCCAAGAACAAGACCCGGGACCUCCAGAGCCCGGCGGCGGCGGACAGGAAGGCGCUGCUGGAACUCUUGCUCAAAGCCCUUCGCGAGAGGAGCAGCGGCCACAGCCGCCGUCAGCACCAGGAGCCUUUUCACCCCUUGGGGGCGGAACGGGUCGUCGCUCGGCGCUACACGACCGGCGGCGCCCUUUACUCCUCCGCCUCCGUGGAUCGAGAAGCCAGAGUGAUCUCGUCGUCGUCGUCGUCGUCCUCCUCCUCCAGGGAGCGAGCGGGCGCGCAGGCACCCAGGUUCUUCACCUCUUCCAGGCAUUCAGAAGUAUUUCCAAGAGAUUACAACUUAAAGGACAAGUUCAUCAAACAUUUUACAGGUCCAGUUACAUUUUCAGCUGAAUGUAGUAAGCAUUUCCACCGGCUCUAUCACAACACACGGGAUUGUUCAACACCAGCCUAUUAUAAAAGGUGUGCAAGAUUGCUGACAAGGUUAGCAAUGAGUCCACUGUGUACACAGCCAUAGGAAGCCUGUUAUACUUUUCUGCUAAGACUGAACUCUGGUUUGCCGAGAAAGUGCCUUGAAAUCUGUCCCAAGACAAAAGAGAAGACAUCUUGCUCUUUUUUAUUUACAGCAUUGUUUUGUUACUAGAUGCAUUUUAUUUUCAUAUAUGUCGGACAUUCCAUAUUCGUGUGAAAGGAACGUAUUUUAUUUGAAUUUGUAAAUAUGUUGCCUAUAGCUCAAAUAAGCCAAUUUAUUUAAAAAUGUUGUAUAUAAAGACUUCUACUAAUAUACUAAUUAAAUGUUAUAUGCAGGGAGUUGGCUGGUGUGUUUGCUGUUUUCUUGUUUCAUUGUUUGUACAUCAUUUUGCUCAGGCUCUUACUUUCAUUAUUUGCACUAACUUGAAAAACAGAAGUCUCUGUAACUGAAAUCUGAAUAAGCUGCAAGUGGGAUGUUUUACUUUCUGUGGAAAAUAUUUCAUAUUAUGAAGCUUUUGGAUAUAUAUAU